AUGGAAACGAGCAGCGACAUCGCCAUCCCAGAGACACCUGAAAGCGGCCAAGGUGAGCGCUCCUUCACCCCGGCUGUGCUCACGGGCAGGGAACCCCCACUGGCCUCUUCAGCUCACCCUGGAGGAAUCGUGCUGGUGGCAGAGGAAGGUGGCCCUCCCUUGGGCAUACUGCUGCCCCUGUUACUGCCCUCCUGCGAGGUGUCGGGGGGCAGGGAGGGCGCUCUGGGUGAAGAGGUGGAGGAAGAAGAAGGAGAUCUGUCGGCUGAAGAGAGAGCCUUUCUGGAAGAGUACCCCUUCUUGAGGGAGCAGCUGGAAGAUGGCAUCAGGAAGCUCCUCGCCCUUGCGGACCAGCUGGACACCACGCACCGGACCCUCACCAGGACCAGCGUGGUGGCCGGCUCCAUCGCCGUGGUCUCGGGCGCCAUGAGCAUCCUGGGGCUGGUCCUCGCCCCUGCCACCGCGGGGGCCAGCCUGAUGCUCUCCGCUGCCAGCAAGGGGUUGGAAACAGCAGCCGGGGUCACCAGCAUCCUGACCGGCGUUUGGGAGCACGUCCAGCGUCAAGGAGCCCGCGCCCAGGCCAGCAGCCUGCUGCCCAGCCGUGGCCCGGGGGCCAGGGAGGCCGGGGAGAGGGAGGUCUCCUACCUCAUGGCUGCCAACAAGCUUGUGUGUAAUUACGGCGGCGCCUUCCGGGACAUCAAGAAGGACGUCCGCGCCUUGCAGGCAGCCAGAGCCCAGCCGCACCUGGUCGCAGCCGCGCAGAGUCUCCAGGCCGCCGGGCGCCUCUCGGCCCGCAAGAGCAGGCAGGUGCACAGGGCCUUCCAGGGCACGCCGCUGGUGAUGACGAGAAACGCCCGCUUGCUGGGCAGCGUGAUGACCGGCUUCUCCCUCAGCCUGGACCUGACCGCCCUCCUGAAGGACUGGCAGCAUCUGAAGGCGGGAGCAAGGACGGAGCUGGCGGAGGAGCUGAGGGCGCAGGCCGGGGAGCUGGAGGGGCAGCUCAGGGAGCUCGCCCGGCUCCGUGACAGCCUGCGGCAGAAACUCUUGCCCCCCAAAAGUCCGAUGAGCUCUGCGGAGGAAGCCAUGGGGGCUCUGCCUCGGCCCCGGCCAAGCAGCGGGAAGCAGGCGUGCAGGCGGCUGGAGAGCACCAAGGUGGGCUCAGCCCGGGGCUCUGGGGAGAGGGGGGAGCGCGCCCCCUGGCGGCGGGGCCCCAAGCUGAAAGAAAGGAAGGACGGUCGAGACCCGCACUGA